GCGAAAAAAAACGACGAGUCCUUUUGGCGCCAGCAUUGCUCUGUUGUGCCACUCGUGAAAAAAGAGCCAGGAAAAAAGCCUCGAAAGCCGCAGACUUGCUCCCGCUGCCAGACCAUCAUGUACCCUGGUGCUGAAAACUCUCCCCUCAACCACAAGAAGGGUUAUUGUGCCGAUGGCGUCAAGCAAGUGUCAAAAGAUGGUGGAGAUGAGCUCCCUGCUUGGCCUCAACCACAAGGAAUCUUCUCUGAGGGCCGUAUUUUCCACCCCCACCCCUUCCUGUCAGCUGUUCAGCUGUAUCUACGAGCAUGUGUUCAUGCAGGGGCCAGGAGAUAUGGACACGCUUGA